GGAAGAUUUUCUCCCCCUCGAUAAGAAAAGUGGUUGCAACUUGCGAUACACGCCCCAAUCCCGUUCGUUUUCCCAUCCUUCUCACGAGUCUGCUCUCCACCGGGGCCACCUAUCGCCAAUAUGUCUCCUGUCCCGAUCGCCCCCGCGUCCGAUGAUAUCGCGACGAUUCUCCAGUCCGUCACACCCCCCGCGAUGGCCCCGCAUCGGUCGCACGACCCUUCCAACAACCAAAAGCGGAGUGAUCCCUUCCAGUUCGGCUCUCGGUAUCUGGAACAGGGCGACGACGUGUUCGAGUUCAACGCCUGGGACCACGUAGAGCCCGAUGACGAAUUCAAGGCUUUCGCCGAGGGGCAGUAUGCGAAGCAGCGCGAAUCUCCAGUAUCCGAGUUCGACAGAAAUCGCUUCAAUGCCGAUCCGGCCAAGUGGUGGAACCUCUUCUAUAAAAACAAUACCUCCAACUUCUUCAAGAACCGCAAAUGGCUGCGCCAGGAGUUCCCCGUCCUUGACGAAGUGACUCGCCCGGGUGUGGGCAAGCGGGUCGUGUUGGAGGUCGGUGCAGGCGCCGGAAAUACCGCUUUCCCGCUGUUGGAGAACAAUGAGAACGAGGAGUUGAUGGUUCACGCUUGCGACUUCUCCAAGACCGCUGUCCAGGUGAUCCGGGACAGCCCCCAGUACAACACCAAGCACAUUACGGCGGACGUGUGGGAUGUGAGCGCGACUGGGGACGAAUCGCUGCCUCCCAACGUAGCCGAAGGUUCGGUUGAUGUGGUUGUGCUCAUCUUCAUCUUCUCUGCCUUGGCUCCCAACCAGUGGGAACAGGCUAUCCGCAACAUCUACCGCGUCCUGAAGCCAGGUGGUAAGAUCCUGUUCCGGGACUACGGGCGGGGCGAUCUCGCUCAGGUCCGGUUCAAGAAGGGCCGGUACAUGGGAGAGAACUUCUACAUCCGGGGAGAUGGCACGCGCGUGUACUUCUUCGACCGGGACGAGCUCGAGAAAAUGUGGGGUCAAUGGACUCCGGAGAAGGGACUUCCCAAGGGCCUGGUGGCUGAGACAGAGGGCACGACCAACGACGAAACCACUGCGACUGAAGAGACGGCUGCCACCGAAGAGGCUGGCGUCUUUGAGGUACAGAAAUUGGCUGUCGACAACCGAUUGAUCGUCAACCGUCAGCGCAAGAUCAAGAUGUAUCGUUCCUGGAUCCAGGGACACUUUGUCAAGACUGACAAAGCCGCUGCCGCUGACAAUGAGAAGCACGAAUCUUGAGUAUGCAUGGCACUAGAUUAGAGUGUUAUUUCAUCGCGAUGUCACCGCAAUAGUGGCCAUGUGAGGCGACUAUUGUGCUCUCUCCGCGUGGGCGUCCAUCGCCAGAGGAGCAGCUGGCUCAUCCGAGGCUCUCAUCCCCAGCGGGGGACCGCUGAUACAUUCCGAUUCGCGACACUGGCAGGUUCAAUAAUUCGCUGUCACUCAUGCCAGUUGCAGUCUUCGCUCAUUGUAUGGUCAUGAACUCCGCCUUGCUCCCGGAUUGUCAACGGCUUACCGGCACUAUGAUUGUGCGUGCGGGAGAAUCCUGUCGGCAACACAGCUCCUCUCAUGCUCGAUACUAUAAUAUCAUGAUUGAAUACUCAAUCAUAGAACGUACGACGUCAUGAACGACACGAUCACUGCAUUAGAUCUACAUUAUCUACAUAGAGAAGAAUAGAGCAACGAACCUG